AUGCCAAGAGUUGGAGAAACUGCGACUCCAUAUAUUCCUCGCUAUAAACCAGCUUUUCAUCAGGUAACUCAAAUAGAAUACACAUCCUUAUUGCCAUGUUCAACUGGUUACACGCGGACACCAUCAGGUUCAUGUGUCAAUCUUCUAAUUGACUUUAAUAAUUGUGGUUCAGUCGGUUAUGUGUGUGCAUCCAGCUUUACCAGUUGUUCGAAUGGCGUUUGCAGCAAUGCACCUGCUGUGCUACUUCCUGGUGCUGUUGCUGUUUCCAAUUGGGGUGGGUCACUUUCAGUUGAUGAUGUGGUUUACACACUAAGUGUUCCAUUCAAUAUCUCAAUGUAUGGUUUUUCAACCACGACUCCAACAGUUACUACCAACGGUGUUGUUUGUCUUAGUAGUUGUUCUAAUGCAUAUACAAACGGUAAUCUUCCGACGAGUUCAUUUUCCGGACCAACAGCACUUGGAUACUGGGAUGAUCUUAUGAUCUAUGCUAGUACUUCUCAAAGCGUCUACUAUGGUACUACAGGCACAGCACCAAAUAGAAGUUUAGUCUUUGAGUUUUAUGAAAGUCAUUAUGGCCAAUCAACUCAAUAUUACCACUUCCAAAUUGUUUUCUAUGAGAAUAUACCGGAUGUUGUUGACUUUUUGUAUUUUCAAAUUUCUGAUGGAGGUUCUUCAGCGACAAUUGGUGUUCAAAGCUCAGGAUCUGGAUCUAGCAUAACUUAUGCGGUCAAUCAAGCAAAUUCGGUGCCUGUUGGAACAUCAGCAACGAAUUCUCCAACAUUAAUACUAUCAUUUGAUACAAAUAUCGGUACAAUGACACAAACAACAGGAUAA